AUCUCCUCGCGUAAUCCCCGUUUAUUUCCAUGAUGCCAGACGUGGAGGUCAAAAAUGAAACCAGUGUUCCUCUUCGUAUUGCAAUGAUUGCUGUUUCGCCGAUACAUUGUGAUAACUAUGUUGAGGCGGGACAAUCGUUCAAUGCACACGUAGGCUCUUUUCAAUUUACCUUCGAAGCGCGGACAAUCGAGAACGGAAACGAAUACUCGGUGGAGGACUCCCUGGCUAAAGCAGGCCUAAUAUCUGGUGCAGUGGCGGCUGGAACGGCAUCAGUUGCCCUUAGCAUGUCAGGCCCUGAAGCUGGUGGUAUAUCUCCACUGUUGAUGAAGGGUGCUCAAUCUGCUGGUGAGGCGUAUGGCACACCCGCUCAAGGGGUUGUCCUACAGAAUAGCCGCCCAGUGGGUUUUGAAAACCUUAUCUUUUCGAUUCGCACGGAAAACGACCAGUAUCAGCUUGUGGAGGCGUAAACAAUGACUUCAACUGUAGUAAAUCACUAUAAUAUGAAGCAGCCCAAACUCCUGUACGCGAUUUCUUGAGCCCAAUAAUGAUAGUCAUAGCCCUAGCUUCGAGA